AUGGAAAAUGAGCAAAUAUCAAUGUUGGAAUAUGCGCAUCUCAAAAAAUGCAUAAGUGAACUUGAAAGGCAAGCUGAUGCACUGCAAAGGGACCGACUAAGGUGAGUGUUUUCGAACAAAAACGGUGAGAUUUUCUUAGUUGACUUUGCAGACUCCGCCGAGAAAAAUUAGUAUUCAGAAUGCAAAAAAAUGAAACUCCGUAUCCAUAAAGUUGACACAAAUGUGUCGCCGCUCUGUGCAACAGAGCGAACAUACUGCACUACAAAUUAAAUUUCGCGAUCUGGUUUUUUUGUGAUGGACGGCGUGAAGAAAAUCUGAAGCCUAUUGAAAACCAGACUUUUCUUAGUGGAGGAAUCGAGGAACAAAGAACUAUUAGUAGAGAGAAUAUUGAACCGAAUUUUACGGUAUUAGCCAGGCCUGAGCCGGAAAAUCAAAAAAAAAAUUUGAAAAAUUGAAAAAAAAAACAUUUUUAUCAUAAACUGAGAAAAUUUCCUAAAAUUUAGGUAAUAUUUAAGGUAUUACUACUAAAGAUGAUUUUCCGGAGCAAACAUGAAAAUUAUAAUUUCAAAUGUUUAUAGUUUGAUUUUUUUUAAAUAUGAUUUUGACGUAAGCCGUGAAAUUUUAAUUUCUAAAAAUAAUCAUACUUAUUUGGAUAUUUUUGCAGGAACAAAGUGAUUUUCAAUCAACAAAUCCAGAAGUUGAUAUUUAUCGGAUCUCACAAGAAAUUGAUGAUGAAAAAGAAGAUAUUUGUAUUGGAAUAAUAUCAGAUCCAUUUGGACAACAAAACGAAACAUCGGCACAAUUUGUUGUUAGUUGUGGUUUAGAAGAUGUAUUGGGUUUUGAUCCAUUUGUUGAAUCGGCUAAAGGAUUGUUGGAUUUGAUGAGAGAGGAAAGUGAGAAUUUUGGCGGAAGAUCGUUUGGUCAGCGACAGAAUUCAUCAAUUUUUUUCUGA